GCAGUAUCGUGCUGCGCUUGCGCAUAAAGCUAGUAGAAAGUACAACAGAGAGGUUUAGUCUGCAACAGUACGCGGAGCUCAACGGACGUGUAUGAGACGCAAAUGUUACCGAAUGCACGCGGGAAAUAGUUGCGUCAAAUAUAUCGUGAAUUGUAUUACAAAGAUAAAUAGAAAUUAUUGUAAUAACAAAUCGUGACUUUAAAAAAAAUGGGUGCAAGUGCAAGGAUGCCUUUCUUAUUUUUAAUUAUUGCUACUGCAACAGCUGUUCCUACGGGCGAUUCUAAACAGGCCUUUAAAAAUAUAGAUGACACUGACCUAACUGCAGAAUCCUCAGAAAUCAUAUCAGAAGCAGUACCUGCACCGUCUAAUCUACAAGAAAGGGUCCAAGUAUCUGAUGCUAUAGCAGACGCUGACCAAACUGAUCAUUCCAUAGAACUCGUUGGCAAUUCACAGAAUUUUUUCCCGUCAUUUGCUAACCUCUUUGAGCCCCGACCGCGAAAUAGCUUCGGUCUUGGCUUUGGCAAUGAAGGAGCUUACAGUCAAAGGCCCAACUCAUACAGAUCUCUCCUGAAUUAUCCUCUCUUUGGCAACUAUAGAAAUGUUGAUAAUUUCGGGAAACAAAGCACAGCGUCCGCUGCUCCGCUCAUCGAUGCCAGCUCCAGUGUUCUUGGCUCUGGUAACUUCGGAAUUAUCAAAGGUGGCACAUUCUUCGCUCAAAAUGAUGAAGAAUCUGAUUACAGUGAUGGUUUCAGCUCUUUUUACAAUAACGGCCAUGGAAGACCAUCUAUAGGAGUCGGCUACAUAGCCAACCCUAGACCGAAUUACAAUCAGGACCAAUUUGCUAACUUUAGAGACUUUGCCGAUAUUAACACACCGUCAAACUCUGCCUAUUCGCAUUACGUUGUAGUUUAUGCAAACAAGAAUGCCACCAUGGAUGAAAUCUCAGAAGAAACAAGAAGAGUACUAUCAGAGCCCAAAAACAUAAUUGAAACGUUGCAGCGCUUAGAUGAAACGACUACAAUCACACCAAAAAUAUCUAAAGCGAAAGCAAAGUUGGAAAUCACAAAACAGAAGAUGUUAAACAAGAAAAAUCAGUGGAAGAAGAAAAACCUAAAGUAUAGCCAAAAGCAUGAUCCGGAGGAGCCGCUAUUAGCGUUAAGUUAAAACUAGUGUAAAUACAUAGACUUGCGUAAUGUAAGUGAUAUUACCAAUAGUGUAGUGUUGUGUGCAUCGGCACUAGAAGAGCCGUGACAAAAAGUUCACUGUCUAAUUUUAAUUUUAUGUAAGCUUGUACAUGCUAGUACCUAUUGUGUAACUGACCGGAGUGUAUGUGUGAUGAAUAAAUGUAAAUACUGUGUU